CGAUUUGACAUCUUAAAUUGGCUGAUGCUCAACUUUUAACCAGCACAGGCAGAUAUAUAAAGUUAAACAAAGAUGGAAGAAGACGAAACAAAGGAAAUCACAACCGAUGGAGACAUCACCAGCACCGAAUAUGGGUCAACCUCACAAGCGUCGGGUGAAAAGCUGCUUGAACUAAACGAGAUCUAUGAAGUGAUAGGAGUUGGUCCGUCGCAGUAUCUGUGCUGGCUCUUGGUGAUGCUAGUGGCGUACACCGACUACGCUGAACUGACUUUAAUUUCAGUGAUCAUGCCUUCUUUGAGGUGUCAGUGGGAACUAACUUCAACUUUUGAAACAGCUAUCACCAUGGCGGUAUACGGGUCCUACGCACUGUUUGCUGUUCUGUUUGGAAAAGUUGCCGACAAAUACGGAAGGAAAACUGUGAUUCAAUGGUCCACACUUUUCUUGUUAUUAGCAGCAAUUAGUGGCGCCUUAUCACCAAAUAAAUGGGUCUUUCUUGCGACUAGGUUCGUGACUGGUUCAUGCGUCGGUAUCAAUCUCAGCUGCAUAGCCUGCUACACCACAGAGUUUGCUGAAAGCAAGUAUCGAGCCUUCGGUAUCCUAGUGUUUUGUUUAGCGAAUUUGGGUGGUGUAGGAGCAGUCAGCGGAGUGGCAUUUAUAUUCUUACAGAAUGUUGGAUGGCAUUGGUUAAUCAUUAUUGUCUCACUUCCUGCAGUCCCUGCUUUAAUCUUGAUUCUUGCUCUUCCCGAAUCCCCUCGAUUCCUUUGUGUCAGUGGACAGCAGGACAAAGCUAUGAAAGCUGUCAGGACCAUGGCCAAGCUUAACGGAAAAGAGUUACAAGAAAACAUUCAAAUGACUUGUUUUGUUGAUGAGGAAUUGGGGUCAUACACCAAGAUCUCGAACAAGGACAACAGAAAGUCAACCAUCGCCCUCUCCGUCAUGUACUUCUGCAACAUUUUCAUCGAGUUUGGCCUGAUAGUGUGGCUACCCCUCAUGUACAGUGCUAACAUGUGUGGAGCAGCUCAAUCACCACGACACAAAUGCCAAAGCCUGACACAAGAUGAUCUGUUGAAGUUAACGAUCGCCACUGGAGGAGGUCUUUUGGGUGCAAUAGCGGCCAUGAUUUUAGCACAGUGCAUUGGCCGGCUCAAACCGUUAAGAGUGGCAAGUUUCAUCAUGUUGCUAUCAAUAGCAACAAUGUUUGUGUGUGUUAAUGAAUCAUUCACUUUUGCAACAACAAUGAUCGCUAAAAUUGUCGAGGCCUUUGUAAAUACCACAAUUUGGAUCAUGAUACCAGAAAGUUUCCCCACUUGCAUCCGAUCUACAGCAACUGGUUUCAUUAACGGGUGUGGAAAAAUAGGGGGCGUUCUCGGGACGGCGUGUGUCUAUUUAUUGUUCUAUGUGAGCCCCUACUCUGUGGUUGGUACCUUUCUUUUCUGUUCUUUUGUUGGAUUUGUAGGGACAAUGAUGUACGAUAGGGAGACUAAGUAUGAGAUUCUACAGGAGACGUAAUAAAACCUUUUAGAGACUGUAGCGAGUUUUAACUUGACAAAAUUAUAGGAAUGUGUAUUGUGGGACAAACUGCCUGUUAUAGAAAUUUGGGACAAAAAGUUAAAUUUGAAAGUGGGGCUUUGGAUGAUUCAGAAUUCAAUGUUAUUAAUUUGUGAGAUGUUUUAUGAUAUCAAUUAGAGGAGGGGACGCCAUCAAUGCCCAUGCCCAUUUAAUGAAAAGUCGAGGAAUAAAUGGGCAAAAUGGUCAUCAUUUUCAUCAUUUUCGGUCAAAACCGAAAAUAAAUAUUCCUGAUGCCAUGUUCCAUAUAGCUAGUUACUUAAAUUAGAGGACGGUGAAAAAGAUGGUGAUGCUUAUUUUUAUAGUAACGUAAGUUUAACCUGUUUUUGAGCCGAUUCCCAUCGAUACCCAUUUGACCAAAAAUUGAGAAAAAAUGGGGUCGCCUCCUUCCUCCCCCACUUAGGAUGUUGCUUGAUAGAUUACCAAUAACAUUAAUAAAUGUUCCAUACUUAAUUGGUCGUUAUUGAGUCGUUAAAUGGGUAAACCAUGUUCCUUGCUGUUCAGCUUGUUUUCCCUUCAUAGAAACUUUUCAGGAGCACAAGAAUGGGUCAGUUAAAAACUGUAAAAACUUCUUAACAAUGUAAUUAUUUAGUCAAUAAUUCUAUAAUUGAAAAUUUAGCUGUCAAAAGAGGUUAAACAAAGCGCGUGAUUUUGUUUUGUAUAGUAACUGGACAAUGGACGUCGGUAAUAGUGUACUUAAUCAAACUGGUUUUAAUUGUAAAACACUCAACUCUAAAUAAUAGGGUAAAUAAUAGCCUUAAAUAAUAGCCUUAAAUAAUAGCCUUAAAUAAUAGCCUUAAAUAAUAGCCUUAAAUAAUAGCAUAAAAUAAUAGCCUUAAAUAAUAGCCUUAAAUAAUAGCCUUAAAUAAUAGCCUUAAAUAAUAGCCUUAAAUAAUAGCCUUAAAUAAUAGCCUUAAAUAAUAGCCUUAAAUAAUAGCCUUAAAUAAUAGCCUUAAAUAAUAGCCUUAAAUAAUAGCCUUAAUAAAGCCUAAAAGCGGCUUCAUCAAGACAAACUGUUAAUAAGAUGGAUCAUAAACGAUUCUGUAAACGCAAUCAGUGGAGGAGAUAAACCACAUUAUUGAUUUCCCCCAUUAUUUCAUCACUUAGAAGUAAAGAAGCCGCAGAGUUUCACAAUACUUAAAGUUAAAAAUAUACUUUGAAGUUCAUUUCCGUCGUGAUUACUAGCCAGUUUGCGGAGGGGAGCUCACGCUCUCAAACAAUUUUGUGGUCCUAAUGAUGAGAACUACCGUUUCAGUAACUCUUAAAAACGCUGUCUCUGCAAUUUAAUAUAGACAGUUAACACACUGGUUAUGUCACUAGUUACUAGUUACACACUGGUUACGCCUGCUAAUACAUUGUUUAUUGUUAGUUAAAUUUGUUUAACUUGAUUAACUUCUCAAAUUAAGAUGUUGUUCAAUUUAUAAAUUCUUUACAUUCAUAACGAUAAGGCGUUGAAAUCCACGAUAACAGGUUUUCCAAACAAGAGUUUGGCACGCUAAAUUGAAUAAAGUAAGAUCUAACAAGUUUAAAGUUGAUCCCAAGAAAUUGAGUUUGAACAGGACAACAUUAUACAGCUAUAAUCCCAUGUCACACUAACAGAUUCAAUUUUCCCCAUUUUGCUCCCACUUAACCCGCUUAGUCCAACAUCCUAAAUCAGCUCAUUUGCCCAGUUUCGUUUCUUUAUUGACUAGAACUCACAGUUUCACCUUCUGAAAUCUAAAUUUUGUGCCGUCAUGAAGUUUAAGAAUUUACGUAAAGCAGUUGCGCAAGGUGGGCGGAGCUUGUUACCGACCAAGGAGGCAGGUAAUAAAGAAAUGCAGGCUGGAACCAGUUCUAGAAGAGAUUCAAACGAAGGCUGAAAAACAGAGGAUAGCUCA